UUUCUAUAACUUUAACUCAUUAUAUCUAAUUUCUUAAUCUUCAUAUGAUAAGCGUGACUUUGCUGGGACAAAAGAGUAGAAAAUAGAUAGGCUUCAACCCAAGAAGCAAAUUCUGACCACUCAUUGGCAUACCCUAAAGAUCCUUGCAGCGUGCAGACAAUACAUUACAUUAUAAGCUUAUCCUCACCCUACUUAGUGAACAUACAUACAGCAUAAACCAAGCUUCCUCUUCCUCUUCUUCUAUACUUUCUGUAUCUCACAUCAAUGGCUUCCUUUUCUGCUGUAAAUGUUAAAUUCCAGCCUACAAUCUCAUCUAUUCACAAAAUUUCCCAGGGAAAUGGAAGACUUUCAAGUAUAGUAUCCCUAGGAUGGAACAAAAGCAGUCUACCAACGCUAAGGACUUCACGUCGUCUCCAAAUUUGUUGUGCAAAGAAGGAGACAGUUGACAAAGUUAUUGCAAUUGUAAAGGAGAAAUUGGCAUUGGCAGCUGAUGUUGAGGUAACAGCUGAAUCCGAUUUCACUCAACUUGGUGCUGAUUCCUUGGACACGGUUGAGAUCGUGAUGGAUCUAGAGGAACAAUUCAAUAUCAAUGUGGAUGAAGAUAAAGCUCAAGAUAUUACAACAAUCCAACAAGCUGCAGAUGUUAUUGAGUCUCUUCUUGAGAAGAAAGCUUAAUUAAAAUCUAUAUUAUUAUCUAAAUUAUGUUCUCUAAGUUAGCUGCCCGUUUUAAGUCUUGAAUGGGGCAGUUAGCUAGCUAGCUAGAGAUUCUUGUUCUACUUAUCCUAAGGCUUUUUUUGGCUUCCAUUUCUCUCAAUUCUUGUUGAUUCUAUUCGCACUCCCAUUUUUGGACUCUAUUGUUGUGAGCCUAUGAGUUGUUUUGUUAGUCAAAAAGAUUUGAUUUUUUGAUGUGUUCAAGACAA